AUGCCACCUCGAUCACACAGACGCCGCUGUCUGAGUCUCUCACCCUCACCUGUGGUCAACCUGACCGUGUUCUUUGAUGACAACACUGUCGUGGGUGAGCCCUGCGGCCAUGUCUCCUUUGAGCUGUUUGCAGACAAAGUUCCUAAGACAGCAGAAUAUUUUCAUGUUUUGAGCCCUGGAGAGGAAGGAUUUGGUUAUAAGGAUUCCUGCUUUCACAGAAUCAUUCCCGGGUUUAUGGGUCAGGGUGGUGAGUUCACAUGCCAUCAUGAUAUGAGGGACAAGUCCAUCUUUGCAGAGACUUUCGAGGAUGAGAACUUCAUCCUGAAACAUACAGGUCCUGGCAUCUUGUCCGUGGCAAAUGCUGGGCCCAACACAAACAGUUCCCAGUUUUUCAUCUGCACUGCCAAGACUGAGUGGUUGGUUGGGAGGCAUGUGGUCUUUGGCAAGGUGAAAGAGGGCAUGAACAUUGUGGAUGCCAUGGAGCACUUUGGGUCCAAGAAUGGCAAGACCAGCAAGAUCACCAUUGCUGACUAUGGACAACUCUAAUGAAUUUGACUUGUUUUCUCUUAACCAC